AUGGCUUCAAAACAUGAUAUUGGUUGGGAGCAUGCAGAACCUGUUGGUGGUAGUAGAAGAACCACAAAGUGUAAAUAUUGUGGGAAAGUUAUACAUGGCGCUGACAGUGGGCCUUACUAUCAAUCAAUGAUUGAUACCAUAGCAGAAGCAGGUCCAGGCAUCAAGAGUCCCACGGGAUACCAAAUUGGAAAUACAUAUUUGGAAGAGGAGGUGCAAGAACUUGAGGUAUACAUAACAACAUUGAAGGCUAAAUGGCCUAUUUAUGGGUGCACAAUCAUGUGUGAUGGUUGGAGUUCUAGGACUAGAAAGCCUAUCAUCAAUUUCAUGAUUUAUUGUGAUAGAAGUAUGAUAUACCAUUUUUCAGUUGACACUACCAACAUACCUAAGACAGCAGACUACAUCUUUUCCCUUAUGGAUAAAGUUGUAGAGGAGGUUGGGGAGGAAAAUGUUGUUCAAGUAGUCACUAAUAAUGAGGCAAGUUUUAAAGCAGCCGGUAUGUUGUUGAUGGAGAAGCGAAAGCAUUUGUUUUGGUCUCCUUGUGCAGCCCACUGUAUUGAUUUAAUGCUUGAAGAUAUUGAAAGCAUGAAGCAGAUUAAGGAGACAUUAGAUCAAGCUAAGAUGAUCACAGGAUUUAUUUAUAAUAGCUUGAAAGUGGUGAAUUUGAUGAAAGUGUUCACCAAGGAUAGAGAUCUGUUAAGGCCAAGAAUAACCCGUUUUGCCACUGAAUUCAUUUCACUUGAGAGUCUUAUAUGUUAUGAGGCUGAUUUGAAGAGAAUGUGCACAACAAAUGAGUGGCGUGAAUUCAAUAAAGAUAGGAGCAGAAAAAGUGUAAGAGAUAAGGUAUCCAACCUUAUCUUAACUGAGCGAUUUUGGAAGAAGGCCGGAGAAGUUCAAGCCAUCAUGGAACCUCUCGUCAAACCUGCCAUGGCCUACAUUUCGCCACCUGCAGAGUGA